GAUAGAAUCUUCAUAAUUGGUAAAGAAGAAAAGCAAUCGACGAAAAAAGUAAAAACGGUAAUAGUGAUAAUAACAAGAGGAAAAUAAAGUGAUGGUUACCAGAAUUACAAUACAAAAGUGAUAAUCGACAGCUACUGCAAUGAAGAAUUUCCUCGUGACAGUGCUUCUGUGCUCCACCUUAUGGCGAUCACCGACGCUGGCCGCCGCAGCCUCGCCGGCAGCUGAUCUCGGUAAUGGGGUUAGCGCUCCUUCUGCCGCAGACCUGAACUUUCUGGAAGUCUUCGCCGACGACUCGAUUCUGGCGAAGGUCCUUUCGGGAGACAUGAGUCUGACUGAAGCGGCGAAGAAGGUGCUGGCGAUGGAGGAGGACGUGGAGGAGGUGCUGAAGGUGGCGCCGAAAGCCCUCAUGAAGGUGUUGGACGAAAACCCCGAACUGUGGCAAAACAGCGCCAGGGUUGUUUACGAGGCUGUCACUAAAAAUCAGGUCUCGGUCCCGUUGGGUAACGGGUCGAUCGCCAGUAUUGUCGGCUCGGUUCUCCUCUCUGCCUUCUUCGGAAUUGCUCUCUGGAUCGCGUUCACAGCGUAUCUGAAGGAGAUUCAGACUUUAAAAAGGAACGAUUUCAUCCAAGAGGACUCCAUAUUCAGCAACUUGGCGAAUACGGUGCGACAAGGCAUUCAGAAACACGUCGACAAAUUCAACCUUCUGCCAAAGCGGAAACACCGACAUCCACAGCGCCCUCAAUCUCAAGAGUCACAGCAGUUGCACACAGUCUUACACCAGCCUCAACAUUUGCAGAUACCCCAAGACAACAAAGAACACGAUGCCGGUCCAGCUUACACAUAUUCUCCUCAAAAUCCGGGAAGAGUUCGAGAUGCUACUGCUAUUAGAAUCCCUGUUAGCGUUCUGAAUACCAGGUUUACCGAUCUCAGGAAUGAAGAGGACGACGAAGACGGAACAGGUGACCGUAUCUGGGGCCCGAGACCUGUUCCUGUUCCCGUCUCGUAUUACCGGCCCAAAGAACCUGUUACGGAAUUCCAGCCUCCUUACACAGAACCGCCACGAGACUUUGAGGACCAAGACACCCCAUUAAGACCUUUUGCGCAGCCUGGGAGGUUUGUGAAUCCAAACAGACAGGGACCGCCUUCAGAUGGCGUCACUUAUUAUUUUGAACUUCCGCCAUCCAAAAGAAUUUCAACGAUUGUAUCCAGGAAGCCAAGCAAACCCCUACGACCUCAGCCACAGACAGUACACACGAAAGAAGACACCUAUUACUUUGAGAAUCCCUUUGAUUCUUCCCCGGGCGCACCAAGGAGACCUGUCAUCCCUGUUAACAAACCCUCGAGUUUUUCCAGACGAACGGGCACCCUGAAACACCUGCCCACCUCUCGCCCGAAGAACGACGUAACAUACUACUACGAGCAGCCUCCGUUCACGCUCCUGCACCCCAAACCCAACAACUGGAAGAGCAACGCAGACCAUCUUGUCUUCGGGACAUCAACCAGCUCUUGGAACCGCAGGAAGGAGAACCAGAGGCCCACGACCUCCUUACCUGGCGUCGAACCUUCUUCCAAGUUUUCUAGCAACCACAAGUUCUUCCCUGCCACUAUCACACCGAAGCCGCAACUGAUGACCACGACUUCGAGCGAAGCAAAGGAGCACGGCGUCGCGGGGAAUAAGACGACGGACUUCGAGAUCAACGGCGGCGUUCCCGUGCGCUGGAUACCCGAAGAGGCCGAGGAAACGGAGGGAGACGGCAACGCGACGUAAUCAAGGCGAUGGUUAGGAAGGAUUUUAUUAAGGAAAGGCGUGAUGAUACGAGGCUCGAGAGUGAUAGAUGAACCUCGCACAAUCGGUGAAAAAGGGAAGGGGGCAGGAAAACGAAGGUAGUUGCCAAUUUAAAAGAGUGUAAAUACAAUUAUCUCAUACAUUCAAAACCGAUUUUUUGUAUGCUGUCAGGGAUAUGAAGUAUUUUAUUCAGUGAACUAAUCCAUGUUGUUAGCCAUAACCUUUCUCUUGUUAAACGUAUGAACACACUAUGGGCAUCAUAUUUAUAUAAGUUGAUAUUCUUUUAUGGAGUCUUACACAGGUAUUGUUGGGUGCUGAUGCAACAGUGCAUAUUCAUAUUGUUUGUGUCACUUGCUAGUGAUAUGUACAGUCAUUAUAUUUUACGGUGGACAA